AUAACACAAACAUUACUGAGUGCACUUCACGACUUCCUCCUGACUCGUUUCCAGUUGAGUAAUACCGCCUGUGUGUCUUCUCUCAUCGUUUGCUUCAGUUCCUCUCUUUGGUGUCUUAAACCAGCGACACGACUCCUUGGGGAAGAUGGCUGACGCUGUGGUGCUCAAGCAAAAGGACUAAGCCACAAGUCAAAAGGAGAUUUUAGGAUUUGUCAGAGAUAUGUUUUGUUUGCCGCUCCUACUGAUAGUCAUCUCCUCGACUUCUGAAGUACAAAGUCAGAACAUGUGUGAUGUCGUCCCCAAAGAUCUGUACAUCCAAGUAGGAUCUAAUAUUAAGAUAUUUUGCGACAAAAUGUGUGUCCACGGAAAGGUGUUUUGGACACUGGAUAACAAAGUGUUACCCAAAAGCUGGUCGACCCCCAUCAACUCGUCUCGCAUUGCCGUGUCUCUGAAUAACUUCAUACAGCCCAAAGCUGCACUGCAGUGCCACAGUGUUGAUACUAAGGAGCUUCUCGGAGGAACCACUAUCAAAACAUACGCAAAACCCACCAAUGUCAGCUGCAUUUUGCACUAUAAAAACGACUCAUGGGGAGGUGUACCGCAGCUUUUCACCUGCAGUUGGAAGCAUCAGGCGCAUGUCUCAAAAGAGAUAAACUACACUGUACUCGUUUCAUCUCAGCUGCACAGGUCCCAGUUUGAAAUCUGCAGCUCAGACAAGAAGACGUGCACAACCCAAGACGUGCAUUUGUCAGGGAAUAUAACUCUGGUGGGCAACUACAGUGUGACAGUGAGAGCUAAGACCAUCCACUGGGAGGUUUACUCCCAUCCUUAUCAAUUUCAGCCCUAUCAAAUAUUGCAAAUUAACCCGCCAAAAUUGAACCUAACUGCCUUAUCCGGCCACAUAUUAGCAGAGUGGACCACCUCAGCCACAUCCAAGAAACACCACUGUCAAAUUAAAUAUAACAAGGUUGGCAAUAAAGAAGCAUUAGAGAAGGUGCUCAAUAAAACUUUAGAAGCUAGAGCGAAAGGGAGGUUAAGCUUUGACAAAGUAGAGUCAUGCACUCACUACAAAGUUUCAGUCCGCUGUGCUUUGGACAAAGCUCCGUGGAGUGAAUGGAGCCGGGAGGAAACGCUUUUGACACAACUCCAUUGGAGUGAUGUCAAGUUGCACCUAUGGAGGAAGGUAACAGAACCAGACCAAGACGGAGAAAGAAAAGUUUACGCCGUGUGGACGGAGAUUCCGUCAACAUGCCAAGGCACAUUUAUCUAUUCUCUCUAUCUGACUUCCACCAAGGAUCAAGGGAAUUAUAUCCGUCAUGGCCGUACUUUGUGUGGCAAAUCGACAUGUAAGAUUGAGGUGACUAAAGACGCUCACUGGUUAAAGCUCAAGGUCCUCCACAAUGAGACCCUGCUGGCAGAGGACUGUGUUUAUGUUCCAGCUGUUGGAGAAAGCCUCCCACAAGUUGCAAACCUGCAAACAUGGAGCCUGCGAGGAGAAAUCAACAUCAGCUGGGACGCUCCCGCUCAGUCUGUUAGUGGUUAUAUGAUCGAUUGGACCCACGAUGGGCAGCAGUACUACUGGAAGGAAAGUAGCUCCACCAUUACAUCAUUGUCUGGACUUCUGAAUAAAGAGCCGUACAACAUCACGGUCACGCCGCUCUUUGGUAACAAGACGGGCCUCAGCACUCAGGCCUUGCAGAUCUGCUCCACCGUAGCAGGUCCAGGAAAUGUCUCCAAUAUCAAUGUUAAGGCGAGUCAAAAAAGCGCCCUGGUGAGUUGGACGAUGAAGCCGCAGGAACUGUGUAGCGAUGUUGCAAUCCAUUAUAUAAUUUUCUAUGGAACAGAAAAAGGACCCCAGCUUAAUGUCACAGUGGAUGGUACCGAACAGUCAAUCUAUCUGAAAGAGCUGACCCCGGAUACUCAAUACAGCACCUAUGUAAGGGCUGUAGCUCUUACUGGGUCCAGCCACAGCAAUGUAAGGCACUUCAAUACCAAAAAAUUUGAUCUGAUGAUUGCCAUACCGCUUAUGGUCUCAGCAGGUGUCAUCAUAGUCCUUUUGUUAUUUGUGGGGCCAUGUGCUGCACUUAGGUGCAAGAGAAUCCUAAAGAAGCAGGUGCCAAACCCUGGCCUCAGUUCUGUGGCGCUGUGGCCCUCAGAAAGUCAUCAAAAGGGGAUGCUCCUUUUCCGGCCAUUCAGCUAUCCAUCAGAAAGCCUCUGUGAACCCGUCUACAUGGAGGAAUCGCAGCCAUUCACCACCCCCGAUACCCAACUUGACCCGACCGCCGUCCCCAAGGAGCAAUACAUCGACCCCGCUGUUAUUACACAGUCCAAUAAGAGACCGCACGACCCAGAAGACACUUCCAAUGAGUCUCCUUCCACGGAAUCCGCAGUGUUGCUCUCUGAGGGCGGCAGUCCAUUAAGCCCAUACCGAAGCCAAAGUUCUGUAGAAAGCCCGAGCCAAAGCGAUGAUAAAGAAUGUAAGUGUCUGCCUCCAAUAUCACAUCAAGACUCAUCAACACCAUUGUCUGUUUAUGUUACUGUGGAACUAUUUGAGCAAUAUCAGAGAAUGCUUGAGAAGUAAAAGUGCACCACAUAAUAUACUGUAUUCAAGCUACAAAGAGGUAAGUACAGUCAUAGUCAAAGAACGCAAUGUCAUAGCUGUCUUGAGUUUCCAAUAACUCUUAUUUUUUGUAAUAGAUUGAUUGGAGCACAUACUUGUUGGUCACAAAACACAUUCAUGAAGUUUGGUUCUUUUAUGAAUUUAUCAUGGGUGACCAAAUCUGCUGGGUCAAAAGUUUACAUACAGCAAUGUUAAUAUUUGGUUACAUGUCCCUUGGCAAGUUUCACGGCAAUAAGCCACUUUUGGUAGCCAUCCACAAGCUUCUGGUUGAAUUUUUGACCACUCCUCUUGACAUCAUUAGUGCGGUUCAGCUAAAUGUGUUGGUUUUCUUACAUGGCCUUGUUUCUUCAGCAUUGUCCGCUCGUUUAAGUCAGGACUUUGCGAAGGCCAUUCUAAAAACCUCAAUUUUAGCCUGAUUUAGCCAUUCUUUUACCACUUUUGAGGUACAUUUGAGGUCAUUGUCCGGUUGGAACACCCAACUGCGCCCAAGACCCAAUCUAUGGGCUAAUGAUUUAAAGUUGUCCUGAAUAAUUUGGAUGUAAUUCUCCAUUUUUCAUUGUCUCAUUUACUCUCUGUAAAGCACCAGUUCCAUUGGUAGCAAAUGGUAGCAAAACAGGCCCAGAGCAUAAUACUACCACCACCAUGGAAUAGUGUUCUUGGGAUUAAAGGUGUGACAGACUUCUCAAGGGUUCCAACACCUCCAGGCAACUUCAACACUUUACUAAUACCCUCCUCCAUUAACAUCUCAUCUCCCCGGAUUAUAAACAACCUAAUGUAAAUAAUCAAAUGUACUUCUAAUGUAUAUACUGUACUUGUUCUUAUGCUAUCUGAACUCACUAUGUUCUCUGCUGGCUGUACAUAUCCUACUAAAUAAGACCUACACUGUUUCAAUGUCCACAUUUCUCUGUUGAUGCAAUUGUUGCUGACUGAAGUACUGAUAUCAACCAAAGCUCCUCAUCCCACCCCCCGGAUUGUAAAUAAUGUAAAUAAUUCAAUGUAUAUACUACGAUGAUUAACCUGUGUGAUGACUGUAUUAUGUUGAUAGUAUAGAUUUGUACCAUGAAUUGAUUAACGUGGACCCCGACUUAAACAAGUUGAAAAACUUAUUCGGGUGUUACCAUUUAGUGGUCAAUUGUAUGGAAUAUGUACUGAACUGUGCAAUCUACUAAUAAAA